CUUACUGGUUAUUUUUCUGGUUAUUCCAGUUUUUCUUCGUGUUUCAGAUUGAAUCAAAGUAGCUAUGGCUGUUGAGGAACCAGAAACUAAGGCUGGACAUCUUCCUGCUGAGAAAGUCGGUGGACGCAGAGUUGUUACUAAGAAAGAUCGUCGUCAAUCUGAGACGGAACAGCCGUCUUCGGAGAAUUCUGACGAUAAUCACGAGUUGGUAGAACGAGAUAGCACAUUGCCAGCACAGAUGGAAAAAAGUUAUCCAACGGGUGCGGUGAAGAAGGCGCACGAGAAACCACAUCCAGCUCAUCAACCUCACUAUAGUAAUCCUCCAGCUCAUCACAGUCAAAAUCUCUUCCAACCGAAAAGGCAGAGCUAAACGUUGAAGUUACCAUUAGCCAGGAAAAAAAAUUGGAUCCCCCUAUCAGCGAAUGCCGUCCUUCGAAAUGUACUUUGGUAUAUUUCAUGUUUUAUUGAUUGGAUUGAUGUUAUGAGGUUUAUAACUGUUUAUAUUUUUUGUAAACAUUCUAACUUUUCGCACAUUUCAGCUUUUCUUUUGUAGUUUGUCCGGUGCACAUUCCGAUUUUCCUUUUCUAUGGGUU